CAUCUCUCCCAACUGACUAUAAUAUCUCAUCCUGCUUAUUCAAAUGGCUACAUCCCAAACCGAGGUCAAACGCUCUGAUUUCCCCAAGGAUUUUAUAUUUGGUGGUGCAACAUCGGCAUAUCAGGUAGAAGGUGCUUGGAAUGUAGAUGGUAAAGGCCCGAGUAAUUGGGAUGAUAUGACAGAAAAGCAUCCUGAUAGCAUUGCGGAUGGUUCAAAUGGACAAGUGGCAAUCAAUCACUAUAACAAGUUCAAGGACGAUGUGGCUUUGAUGAAGGAAGUUGGUUUGGAUUCUUAUAGAUUUUCAAUUUCAUGGUCCAGAAUCUUACCAGGUGGUAGACGAUGCGAUGGCAUAAGCGAAAAAGGAAUCCAAUUCUAUAACAAUCUUAUAGACGAACUUUUGAAAGAAGGCAUUGAGCCCUGUGCAACUCUCUUCCAUUGGGAUGUUCCACAAAAAUUGGAAGAUGAAUAUGGCGGCUUCUUAGAUCAUCAAAUUGUGAAACAUUUUUGUGAGUUUGCUGACAUAUGCUUUUCGAAAUUUGGUGAUCGAGUGAAAUAUUGGGUCACGCUCAAUGAGCCACGGUCCUUCACUUUUUAUGGAUAUGUGCAUCCAAGGUUUCCCCCUCGUCGAGGUUAUCAACUUGGAGCAUCGGCAUCAGCAUCGGAUCGCACUCGAGAAUCAUUGGAACGAAUGUGUCGUUCCUCGAUCCUUCAGCAUAGAAGCAGCAUCAAUGUUCCUCUGUUUCCUUCAUCAAGAGGAUAUAUGGCCAGAGAUCCAAUCAGUGAACUAGUUGAUAUCGCAUACAAUUCGGACAACAUUCCUUCCUCUGAACGAGAUGCAGCGAGAAAAGUAAUUGCUGAGGCACUCAAUGUGCCUUACACUGCAUCCUCUGAAGAUGGUACUUCCUUUGAAGGAGAUCCGGGAACAGAACCAUAUAUAGUGGCACACAAUUUGAUCCUUGCUCAUGCGCAUGCGGUUAAUAUAUACCGGAAACAAUAUCAGGAAAGCCAACGAGGCAAAAUAGGGAUGACAAACGUUUCAAUCUGGUAUUAUCCAUUUAAGGAAGACAACAAAGAGGAUGUCGAGGCUGCUUCGAGAGCACUUGAUUUUUUGUUAGGAUGGUUUGUAGCCCCUGUAAUAACAGGUGAUUAUCCACUAUCCAUGAGAAUCAAUGUAGGAGAACGUCUUCCCAUGUUUAAACCAGACGAGGUUGCACUAGUGAAAGGUUCCUGUGACUUCUUGGGCAUAAAUUAUUACACGGCUCGUUAUGCCCAAAAUGUACCUCGAGAUUCUUCAAAAACACAUUUUGAGAAUGAUCUGCAUGUUGAUGAGAGGACUCAUGAUUGCAAUGACAAGCCGAUUGGUGAUAAGGGUGGUUCGUCAUGGUUGUACAUAGUUCCAGAGGGAAUUUACGAGAUAAUGCUCUAUAUAAAGAAAACUUAUGAUAAUCCCGAGAUUUUCAUUACAGAGAAUGGGCUGGAUGAAUUGAAAAACGAUGAACUAACAAUUCCAGAGGCUGUUAAAGAUGAAAAAAGGGUUACGUAUCACAAGGACCAUCUUGACCAACUUAGAAAGGCAAUAGAGGAUGGUGUACGCUUGAAAGGUUACUUCAAAUGGUCAUUUUUUGAUAAUUUUGAAUGGACACAAGGGUACAAUCUUAGAUUUGGAGUUCAUUAUGUAGACUUCAAGAACGAGAAUGAUUUGGAAAGACACCCUAAAGAUUCAGCUAAGUGGUGGAAGGAUUUCCUGAAAAACUAAAAGGACUCCAUGGCUACAGGAUGUCAAAACUCAAGAAAAACAAACAGUUCUGCAAAAAGGCCAAAAAGAAACAAUGUUUAAAUUAACAAUUACUGCUUACUUUAAUUAAUUUAAAAAUGUUGUGUUGAAUAAUACAAGCAUGGAUGCAUGCUUGAUCUACCUUUAGUUUCGUCCUUUAUUCUCUUGUCGGCAAAGAAAUAAAUUAAUGUUGUAACUUUUAGUCAAUAUAUUCAAAUAAAUGGACCCCUUCGAGGUCCCAAGUGUAAUAUCGUGUUUCUGCAAUAAUGGGCAUUGAACUUUUACA